CUUCUUGAAUACAAUGCUGCAGCAAUUGAUCCAUAUCUUGUGAAGGUGGCCGAACUACUGGGGCAACAGAUCAAGCUUGGUCUUGCUGGGCAGCGCAAUCUUGCAAAUGCAUUUGGGAGCCUUCCUCAAUCCGAGUUCUCCGGGCAAACUCUAGGAAUCGGCUAUCCUGAUGGCCAUCCUGCUCGAUUGUUGGCCAAUUCCGAUGGUGGUUUCGUGUUCCUCGGCGUCUGUGCAGCCUUGUCAGAGUAUUAUGCCGAGGAUGUUGUUGUGGGUGUCAUCAUGGAGAUGCUAACAACCUUUGAUAUGCCCUGCAAUGUUGCACCAAGCGAUGUACAGUGGAAGAACUUGGUCCACCUAUGCUAUGGCGUUCUUUCGACUUCACCGUUCGGUCUGUUGAUCACCAGGUCGGGGACUGCACUGCCCUUGGAAGGCGCCAAUGCCAACAUUCGAUUAAUUGUGGAUGGAUUACUGGGGAUGAGUGACAUUGUCAGGACCAUAGAGAAGAAAAUUUCACUGUCUGUUGGCGUAGACGUGUAUUGGUUUGCGGCUGUUGCAGAAUACCUCUUUGGUCUGAGCUUUCAUAUUGAACAUGAAGCCGGCACAGCACUUGCUUCGUCGUCAGGAGUUGAUUCAAUACACGCACAGGUUUACUUAUCGACUCGGAGUCCAGAAUUCAAACAAGACACGCCGGAUUUGCGACCGCUCUUGGAUCUGUACCCUGGCACGAUCCCAGUUACUGGGGGGCGGGUACGAUGGGAGAAACUUUUCCGCUCAUCUUUCGGUCGAGCCUUCACAGACAUCGAUAAUCGCCUCAUUGCUGAUGGUAUCAGCACCUGUGCAGGAAUUGUCGCCGCCACUAUAGAGCAUCAACAAACAAAUAGUCAACUUUACUUCCUUCCUCAAGCUAGUAGUGUUCCUGGUUUGAGUGGCUCUGGCUUGGUGGAGACUUUGACGAGCUGGUUUCCUGAGUUACAACGCCUAGCUCCACAGAUGGCAAAAUAUGCCCAUGCCCCAUUUCAGGAAGCUCGAGAUCGACUCGAUGAGGUUACUGCAGCACUUUCGGCCGCCUGCAUGUGCAACUUUUGUGGGAAUGCUCCGAGCACAUCUACUGACUUUUGCAAACACACAAUCCUUCUCUACAUUUUUAAUCUGGGUUUGACUAUAGCUCGCACAGUGGCUAUCCCCAACUUGUUUCCCAAGUGCUUUGGGGUCGUUUCUUGCUACCGCGAGCAUCACGAAGAGCGCAAAGACUUUGUCAUGAACAAUCGAAGACUAGAGAAAGCCGAGGACUUUAUGAACAGCAUGGCCUCAUUCCUUCCAACACCGCGAAUUCUGGUUGAGCAAUCCUGCCUUAUUUUCACAGGCACACGGCCCGAUACGAGACUGACGGAGGAGACGCUUGCAUUAUCGCAUGAGGGC